AUGGCUGCAGCUGAAGCAAUAAAUAUUAAGAACAUCCCCAAGAGGGACAAUGAUAAAAGAAGAAGGAAAAAGGAAAUGACUGCUAUGGAAAAAGUAAUGAAAAAUCCCUUACAAAGCAGAUGGGCCCUCUGGUUUUUCAAAAAUGUGAAAAGUCAGCCAUGGCAGUGUAACUUGCGCCUUGUUACCGCAUUCACAACUGUGGAAGACUUCUGGGCAUUGCACACACACAUCCAACUUGCAAGUAAGCUGUCCUCUGGCUGUGACUACUCCAUUUUCAAGGAUGGAAUUGAGCCCAUGUGGGAGGACAGUAGAAACAAACGAGGGGGGAGAUGGCUCAUAACUCUAUCCAAGCAACAGAGACACAGUGACCUAGAUGCUCUUUGGCUGGAAACUUUGCUGUGUCUGAUUGGAGAAGCUUUUGAUGAAUACAAUGAAGACAUCUGUGGUGCAGUAGUCAACAUCAGAGCAAAGGGUGAUAAAAUUGCAGUCUGGACCAGAGAUGCAGAGAACAGAGACGCAGUAACUCACAUUGGGAAAGUGUACAAGGAGAGAUUGGGCUUGUCUUCCAAGAUUGUCAUUGGUUAUCAGGCUCAUGCUGAUACUGCCACAAAGAGCAAUUCCCUUACUAAAAACAAGUUUGUGGUUUAAGUGUUCCAUAUAUAACAUACUAAAAAUGAGUAUUUUUUU